AUGAAAACCCCAUCCACAACUGCAGCGGAAACUAUAACAGCAGCCCAAACGACAACCACAGCUCUAUCAACUUCUGCAGCCCCUACUACAACUGCAGGCCCAACUACAACUGCAAUCCCAAGUACAACCCCAACUGAAACUGCAGCCCCAACAACAGCAACAGCCCCAACUACAUCAACGGUCCCCACUACAACUACAGCCCCCACAACAACAACAACUCCCACUACAAACACAGACUCAACAACAACUGCAAGCCAAGCUAUAAGUACAGCGUCCACUACAACCACAAGCCCAACUACAACUGAGGCCCUGACAACAACUGCAGCCCUGACUACAACAAGAGCACCAAAUACAACACAAACAACAGCUGUUGGCACAACAACAACCACAGCUCCAACUACAACUGCAGCACCCACUACAACUGCAGCCCUAUCUACAACUGCUGUCCCAACAACAACUGCAGCCUUAUCAACAACUGCAGCCCAAACUACAACCAAGGAUCUCACUACAUCCACAAGCCCAAAUACAACUGAGGCCCUGACAACAACAGCAGCCCUAACUACAAAUACAGCUCCAACUACGACUGCAGCGGAAACUAUAACAGCAGCCCAAACGACAACCACAGCUCUAUCAACUUCUGCAGCCCCUACUACAACUGCAGGCCCAACUACAACUGCAAUCCCAACUACAACUCUGACAUCAACCACAGCCCCUACUAGAACCACAGCACCAACUACAACUGCAGCCCCAACAACAACACCAGCCCCAACUACAACAACGGUCCCCACUACAACUACAGCCCCCACAAACACAACAACUCCC